AUGAAAAAAAGUUCAUAUGCUAUUAGCACAAAAAACGAUAAGAAAAAGACGAACAGCAGAAGAAGCAUGGAUAAGACGAAGACCACGACAACAACGAAACCUUAUGUGCCUGGAGAACUGAUAACUUCAAUCCUUCUAACUUUACCGGUGAAGUCUCUUAUUCGUUUCAAAUGCAUUUCUAAACCAUGGUUUUCUCUUAUCUCUGAUCCCAAUUUUUUCGUAUUGCAUUUUCAACAUACAACACUCACUCGUGGAAUUGAAUUCAUAUCAAAUGAUUUAGGCCAAACAACAUCUAUAGAUUUUGAAGAACAAUUUGACUUAGAGAAUGCUUCUGUUAAACGGUUCAAUUUUUUGCAUCCCCAACCUGAUUCUCUUAUUCAAAUUAUAAGUUUCUGUAGAGGCUUUAUAUUUUUCCAAUAUUCUUCGAGUUUCUGCAUAUUUACUCCAUGCACCAAUGUUCACAAACAAACACCUUUAGCUCCAGCCCAGGAAGAUUUUUCACGUUUGGAAUACUUCUCAUUGAAAGAUAACAAGUGGAAGGAAUUUGAGGAUACUUACUUCCUUUAUACGAUCGACAAGAUAGAGCCCAUAGUAGGACCACUCUUUAACGAUGCUAUUCAUUGGGUGGCUGUACAUUCAGAUUCUUUGAUGAAAGUUAUUAUUGCAUUUGAUUUAACAGAAAGGAAACUUUUUGAUAUGCCGUAUCCAAAUGGUGUUGGCCAUAAUUCUGAUCAUUAUGAGUUGUGGGUAUAUCAAGAAUUUCUUAGUUUAUGGGCUAUGGAUUGUGAAACUAGUAGAACUGAAAUAUGGUUGAUGAAAGAAUACAAUGUGAAUUCGUCUUGGAUUAAGGCUAUUGUUUUCGCUGUGCAAAUCCUAUCUCCUCAUCAAUUUUUCCAAUAUGCUCUACAAACAAUGGUGAUAUCAUUGUAA